AUGGGAGAGAGAGAGAGAGAGAGAGAGAGACAGUGAGAGGUCGGACUCCGCAACUCUCUGCUCAAUCCUCAUUUUAUAGUCUCGUUCUACAUCCAUCUCACACGUCUUUGUCCAUCUCAAAAGUCAAAGACUUACGUGCAGACAGUGAGAGGUCGGACUCCGUAGAUCUGUGCUCGACAAGCUAUGGCGAAGCUUCAUUCCGCUCUCCCAUGGCGGAAAAUCGAAGAGGAAAGAUCAAUAGUUUCGCGUUACAGAGUCCAACUAAAUAGCAUUUUAUCUGUUUUAGUAUGUCUCUUCACCAUUAUUCCGUUCUCCGGAUCAAAUCAACUGGAUGGGUUACAGUUUUGUGCGUAUGGAGAAUCAGAGUGUGAAUCGUCAUCAUCGACGAAGCUUUUGAUCAAGGGAGGAACUGUUGUAAAUGCUCAUCAUCAGGAAGUGGCCGAUGUCUAUGUGGAGGAUGGGAUCAUUGUUUCAGUACAACCUAACAUCAAAGUUGGUGAUGAUGUUUCCGUGGUAGAUGCCACUGGGAAGUAUGUCAUGCCAGGUGGAAUUGAUCCUCACACACAUCUAGCAAUCAAUUGUUGCGGUGGUUUGGAGUCUGUUGAUGACUUUUUCAACGGUCAGGCUGCUGCAUUGGCAGGGGGAACUACGAUGCACAUUGACUUUGUCAUGCCAGUUAACGGGAGUUUGACUGCAGGUUUUGAAGCCUAUACAAAAAAGGCAAAAAAAUCAUGCAUGGAUUAUGGUUUUCAUGUGGCCAUUACAAAAUGGGAUGAAGUUGUUGCAAGAGAGAUGGAAAUCAUGGUUCAGGAGAAAGGUGUCAACUCUUUCAAGUUUUUCCUUGCCUACAAAGGGAUUGUUAUGGUCGAUGAUGAAGUUCUAUUGCAAGGCUUUAAGAAAUGCAAGUCUCUCGGUGCCUUGGCUAUGGUUCAUGCAGAAAAUGGAGAUGCUAUUGAUGAAGGGCAAAAAAGAAUGAUUGAUCUUGGUAUUACUGGUCCAGAGGGGCAUGCACUUUCAAGGCCCCCUGUGCUGGAAGGAGAGGCAACUGCUAGAACCAUUCGUUUGGCUGGGUUUGUGAAUGUACCACUUUACGUAGUUCAUGUGAUGAGCAUUGACGCAAUGGAAGAGAUAGCCAAAGCUCAGAAAUCAGGCCAAAAGGUUAUCGGAGAACCAAUAGCUUCUGGACUUGCACUUGAUGAUAAAUUUUCAUUACUUGUGCGUCCAUGUUUAAGAAUCAUGUGUUCUUUCAUGUUUAGGUAUGUCAUGAGUCCUCCAAUAAGGAAAUCAGGACAUGAUAAAGCUCUUCAAGCUGCCCUAUCAAGAGGAGUUUUGCAGCUUGUAGGAACUGAUCAUUGUACAUUCAACUCCACACAGAAAGCUUCCGGUAUUGAUGACUUCCGAAAAAUUCCAAAUGGUGUCAAUGGUAUUGAAGAAAGGAUGCAUCUCGUCUGGGAAACAAUGGUGGAGUCUGGCCAAAUAUCUGUUACUGAUUAUGCGCGAAUAACGAGCACCGAGUGUGCUCGGAUUUUUAACAUAUAUCCAAGAAAGGGAGCAAUACUUCCUGGAUCUGAUGCGGAUAUAAUCGUACUCAACCCAAAUUCAAGCUUCGAGAUAACUGCAGCUACUCACCACUCAAGAUCAGAUACAAAUGUCUAUGAAGGACGCAAAGGGAAGGGUAAAGUAGAAGUGACGAUUGCAGGAGGAAAAGUUGUAUGGGAAGAUGGUGCACUCAAGGUUCAACCUGGUUCCGGAAAAUACAUUGAGAUGCCCCCUUUUAGUUAUCUUUUCAAUGGUAUUGAAAAGGUUGAUGCCACAUACCUGUCAUCUCUGAAUGCUCCUGUUCGCCGUUUUAAAGCUGCAAUUUGAGUUGCAAUUAUCGUUAUUUUCUUUUCUUGGCAAGUAAAAAUAAUCAGGGGGGAUGGUAUGUGGUAUUAACUAUUAAGCUAACUAGAUCUUUGUUACUGUGCAUUCCAAGUAUUUGAGCUCAGAUGUGCAAGAAAAUAAAAAGACUCAAUUUUAUUGUUA